CAAUGCUCCGAGCAAUUACAAGUCAGUUCACCACCUUUUGCCGCCUAAGUAUGGUUCGUUGCAAAGCUACCGGCAACAUAGAUUACUCACGCUAUCCAACGCUGCAAGAAGCUGACAUUGAAGAGACAUUUAUGCGAGGCAGCGGACCAGGAGGCCAGGCUGUCAACAAGACGUCCAACUGUGUGUUUCUCCGACACAUACCAACCAACAUAACAGUCAAGUGCCACACACAUCGUUUAGCUUCGAAGAAUCGCGUAGAGGCUCGUAAAUUACUUUUAGAAAAACUUGACACUUUUUUGAAUAAGGAACACUCAAUUGCCGCCCAACUUCAAGCAAUUGAAAAAAAGAAAUCUACCGAACGUAAACGCCGACAACAAAAAUUGCAGGAUUUAAAAAGGAAUUGGCAAAACCGUGAAGAAACAAAUAGUGAUGUAAAUAGGCCUGAUGAAAAGUAAAAUAAAUUAUAGUAUAAUUUUUUUAAUUACAUA